GACCCGUCUCCAGAUUCCAUCGUGGACCUUGCGCGACGUCGUCUCACAAGCCAGGAUCUCGGCCAUGAGGUCGCAGACAAGGGCUUGGCUUCCUUCGCUGGACCUUUCUGCACCGGCUUCGGCGCAGGCGAGUAUGCUGCUCUCUGGUCAGAGGUCCUGGCUGCGGACGUCUUUGAGACUUUCAGCAAGGCCGCGCCGCAGGAGCUGCCCGAGCUGGGGCGGCGCUUCCGAGAAGCCUUCCUGGAGCCCGGCGCCGGAAGGGCGCCGAUCUCCGCCUUCCAGGACUUCCAGGGCCGAGUUCCCAAG